GCUUUGGGCAUCCCAAGGCUGAGCUGCCCGGCUCUUCUUCCUCAUUGCGGGCUGCGGACAGCGUAAUUUCCUUCUGCCUCUGACCUUCCCGGACCAGCACCCAGCCCCUCUGUGCAACUGUUCCCCCUCGGCCCUGCCAGCCGCCAGCGAUGGAGCCUCUCGCCGCUGCCUCCCGCUGCCCUGUCUGGUGCCUGACCUCGCUCUUCCUCUUCUCCUUCAACAGCUGGGCAGGUGCCGGGGGCCAGGACUUCCAGGUGCUGCAGCCCAAGGAGCCCGUGUCGGUGUCGGCGGGGGACACGCUCGAGUUGAACUGCACCGUGCCUCAGCGCGGACCAGCAGGGCCAGUGAAGUGGUUCAAGGGCUCGGGCGGCGACCGCCAGCUCGUCUUUACAGAUACAGGGUCAUUCCCCCGGUUCACGAAGGCUGUGCCCAACUCUCUCACAGACUUCUCCAUCCACAUCAGUGACGUCCGCCCCGAGGACGCCGGCACCUAUUACUGCGUGAAGUUCACGAAAGGAGUGUCUGAUGAGGAGUACCGAUCCGGAGCAGGCAUGAUGGUGUCCGUGAGCGCCAGCCCGUCUGCCCCAUCCGUGUCCGGCCCCACCAGCAGGGUCGAGCUGGGCAGCCCCGUGAACUUCACUUGCACGUCCGAAGGGUUCUCCCCCAGGAACAUCGCCGUGACCUGGCUCAAGGACGGGGCCAAGCUCCCAGCCCAACCGCUCCAGAUCCUCCCCGAGAAUGCAAGCGUCUCCUACCGCGUGUCCAGCACCCUGGUGAGGACGCUGACGGUCGGGGACAUCCGCUCCCAGCUCACCUGCCAGAUCGAGCACAGCACCAUGUCGGCUCCGUUGCAGGAGACGUACAACCUCAGCCAGGCCCUGCGAGUCUCCCCCAGGCCCAGGCUGACCACCAACUACUCUGGUGCCGUCCCCGUGAACGAGAUGGUGGCGUUCACCUGCAGCCUGGUGGGGUUUUACCCCAAUGUGGCGAGGCUCACCUGGAUGGAGAAUGGGAAUGAGACCGGGCCAGAGAAGUCCCCAUCCCCGACGGAGAACCCGAACGGGACCUUCUCGCUGACGAGGACCCUGGAGGUGAGGGCAACCGAGCAGAGGAACCAGUCCUCGUUCACCUGCCGGGCCGUGCACGACUCCCAGCCCCCCGCCAGCGUCACCCGCGUCCUGGCAGUCACCGCGACGAGCAACAAGAUGGAGGAGGACAAGAAGGAAGGCGAAAACGGCGUCCAGAUCAUAUACAUCGCCGUGGGAGUGGUCUGCCUCGUACUGGGCUUGCUGAUGGUGGCGGUCAUCUACCUCAUCUGGGCUAAGCAGAGCAAAGGUAAAAGCUCCCCUUCCGUUCGGCUACAUGAGUCUGAGAAGAGCAGCAGGACAGCUCCCCAGGACUCCGACACCAACAACCUGACCUACGCCGACCUGAACUUCGACAAGGCGAAGAAGGACCAGCGGCGGAUCAUCGAGAUGAGCCAGCAGUCUGAAUACGCCUGCAUCCAGACCAGCCCGCCGGCCGCCAACGAGGACAACCUCACCUAUGCCGACCUGGACAUGGUGCAUCUCAGCCAGGCCCCCAAGCGGCCGGCCCCUCUCCCGGAGGAGACCGGCUCGGAGUAUGCCAGCGUCCAAAUCCAAAAGAAGUGAGCAAGGCUGUGGCUGUCUGGGGCUCCUGGGCGCAGGGCAAAAUCCACCAGCCCCCUCCUUUGCCGGGCACGAAGGCCUGAUCCUCAAGGAGGGCUCCCGGAGCGCACUAGAUGCGCGAGCUACGCUGCCAGCAUUCGGCCAGACUGGACCGCGACAGCCACGCUGCGGAUGCCCGGCCUUGCCCAGACUUCCACCGCGUGCCUGGGAGAGCCCCAGACAGCCCCAGACUCCACGCAGCUCUGUCCCUGAACCCAUAAAACGCUUCUCUUCCCGCGGGGUUGGAGUCCCUCGGGCUCCACGCACGGGGCUUCCUUGCAAGUGCAUUAACUGGUUGGACUGUGUUUUCGGUGCGGCGCCGACACCGCUGCCUGCCCUCCGGCACGGCUUCCUCCGAGCAGGGGCUGUGUUGCUCUAGCGACCAGCAGCAUCCUCUGCGGGCCACCUUAGCCGAUCACGUUCACGGGGAAACUAGCCAGUCUGACUCAUCCUCCCUCCGGAUGGAGGAUAUUUUGGGAGCAAAUUUGGAGCUGAUGCCCCAAUCCAGGCUCUGGACUGCUGUAGAAAGCAGCCCAGCCCAGCGAGGCGGGGGCUCUGAGAACAGGUCUCUCCAUUCAUCUCUCUGGGGAGAGGUCUCUCCGUCAAGCCAAGAUGACGACUAUUCUUCUUCUCAAGACCCAAGAGCCUGGGUGAACAAGAGCGCUCGGGUCAGGCCCAGUUUCACGGCCACCCCCCGACCCAGACACCUUCCGAGCGCUGCCCGGGGAAGGGAAGCGCUCAGUUUGAAUGAAUCACUUCCGCUUCCACCCAUCUCUUUUUGCCCCCUGUGUCUUGUCUAGUCUCCCACUAGUGCCAAGGACACAUGUGGGUCCUCGAGGGCUGUGGAGACUCCCUGGCUUUCCCCAAGAGAUGCACAAAGCGAGGGUGUUUCUUGGCACUGGAGCGCCUUGAUCCGAGCACUGCCGCUUCCCCAAUUCCCCCAAGUGUUCACAGCUCCAGGGGUGCUGCCAAUGUCCUUGGUGGGGCCUGGUCAUCAGCACCUGCAAAAGGAGGAGCCUGGGACCAAGGGGCUUCCUAGCAGAGCUUGCACAGAGCCCAGACUAGCCCGGGCUCCACGGACUCUCGGGACUUCUUGUCGGCCAGUUCCUCGAGAGCCCCCGGCUCUGGCGUAGGUGAUCCCGGGAGUAGGAACAGCUAGAGCAAAGCCUGGGUGCACAAGGGGAGAGAUCCCCCCGGAGAUAAUGUACAAGUCUUGGACAUGUAACUGUUAAUCUUUAGAGCUACAAACCAAUGUGUGUGUGUGUCGUGUGUGGGUGUACUGCUGUGUACGUAGCACUAGGACAGGAUGUGCAAGAGGAAGGCUGGGGCACCAGCGAGGCCCUCGAGUGCCCGGCUGUGGUCAGGAGCCCUCUAUGAUCCCCGCUGGCGCUAGCCGGGCGGUUGCGGGAGAGGGCGCGCGCUUCCGAUUGCAAAGCAUUCCCGAUGCAGGGCAGGCUUACGGCUCGCCACAGCCCCGGAGAAGUGACUCAGUGGAAACGCAGCCGCGAGCUGCCUUUCAGAAGCGGCGUCUUCCAUUUUCUCUGUGUGUGGGAGGCUGGAUGCAAUGCCCCGGCUUUGAUUUUCCCCAGAUCAUCGAGAGAUCUAGGGCUCAAGUUUCCAGGGGAGGAAAGUCCAGCCUGGGGUGCACAGCGGCACGGUGCCCGGUCCACCGCCCUGCUCAGCCCGGCCCCGAAUGUCGACCUCUUAUGUAUUCUUCCCAACACGUGGCAUUACUGAGGUACCAUUUCUUGAAGCAGGUUCAAGUGGGAAAAUAAAAAGCAGCUCUGAAUCUAGCUUCAGCCUGGCACAACAGGCUUGGCAGGAGUACUUUGUUCUAGCUGCUCUACCCUGCCAGGGCCGGAAGGGGUAGGGGCGGCUGGGAGGUGGAGAUGCAAUGUUUCUAAACCAGCUAGGGAACUAUUUGUACAGACGCCAACUUCAACUUUUUUUUUUUGCUUGCGAGAUAUUUUUGUAAUAAAAGGUGAAAAGUUGCACGUCGCUUGCGUGAGUCCGUGCCGGCUGCCAGGCCCAGGGCAGCUCUGCACCAAGCAGCAGCCAGAAAGCCCCUGCGGCACGACGCAGCAUCCAGCCACUGGGCACUGGCUGGGCAGGGAUCCGUCCCCUCGAGGGAUACCUAGCAGGGGGCUGUAGAGUUGAAGUGCAAUUGCUUUUUUUAGUAGCAAGGAGCUCCUUGGCUAGGAGGACUCUGCCGCUUUUCACAGCCUCUCUGCAGGGGUGGGAAGUACUAGCUCUGUGGUGCAGACAGGCAGGAGGUGACACAAGCACGUGCAUGCACCGAUACGCUCCGUGACCAAAGUGGCACGCACCAGUGAGCAGAUGCAUGCGCAACGCAGGGGUCAAGGCCCGGUUUGCUCUCACUACUCACCCCGGGAAAUCAGACACAGCCCUAAAGCCGUGGCUGCACUGUGAGCUUUCCAGGCUCCAAAGACGCAUCCUCAAAAUGCAUCCAGGCCAUCUCCCAAACCAGAAGCAGCGUAGCCAUACCCACGUGACAUUGCAAGCCGUUCGUUAUCUGUGCCAUGUGCUAAUUGGGCUUUAUUGCUUGCCUGCCCUCCGCCCAGCAUGGAGAGGGAGCAGGGCACCCACAGCAGCACGCACGCUACAGACACCCCCGGCGCACAGAGGCUUCGGGUGCAGUCAGAGCUCAGCGUCCCCAGGCAGAGCGAGGACCGGGACUUGGGACGUUCAAGGCCGCGCUGCUUCUGGACGCCAGACCAGUCCUCCACCACCGCCCUUCUCCUCCUCCCCUCCCGGGGCUGGGUUUGGUUUUGCUGACUGGAUUUCUGAGCAUUAUUUCAAGCUGCGCUCAAGGAGGGCACAUGCGAGCCUGCUGACUGAAGCAACCGCCAGUUCCUCUUCCCCUUGUCUGGCUCGCUGCAGCUCCGACUCCUGGCUCUCAGACAGCGCCAGUCAUUCCCAUGCACCUGGAGCUUGCUGGCUGGCCUCUCGGGCCUGUGUGGAUGCGAAUCCAGCAAAGAGCUGCAAAACAGCUCCUAAUGACGGGCGUUAGCAAUAGAUGGUGACUAGCACUGCAGCGGGCAGUCUGGCACCAAGCAGACGGAGGGGACAAAUGGUCUGCUUAGGGGACACGGCCAGCAGCAUGAAAGGGAGGUGCUGGCUGGCUCGGGAGAUGGAGAGGAGGAGGAAGGGGAGUAGAAGCAAGGUGGUGCAGCAUGCUUGGCAAGCCGGGAAAGCUCCUGGCAAAGGCCCCAGAGCAGGUGACACUCGCAUGCUCCACUUCCACUCAGCUGGGAGAGAAGCAGAGUCAGGCACCGGGCCUGCAAACUUCAGAAGCAUUUCCCGGGUGUCCUCAGCUGCUCCGGGCUGACACAGCAGGAGGACGGGACACCGUGCAUUCAUAGCUUGUAAGGCCG